GAACUCCACUGGAUCUCCAUUCAGACUGGAGUUGUAGCCAUCAGGAAUGAUGUACGGCUGAUAUCGAUCUGUUGAUCAGCGACAAAAUAGCGGCUAUCCCUCGAUCGCCAUGGCAAAUAGUGGUCACUAACCUGCACGAACAAGAGGAAUAACCGAUAUUGCAAAAACGACGAGGAACUGGAGGAACUGGAGGAACCUGAGGAACCCAAGGAACCAGAGGACCGACAUCUCGAUCAGAAAUCUAGCACCACCGCACCCCCAUCCUCGCUUUAUUUGAGCAAUGGCGCACGCGCUAAUUGGCGCAUUUUCUGCGGUUGGCUCGUCAUGUCGAUGCGAGAUGGCGUAGUGAAUGAGUCUGUUGAAGUGUUGCAGUGUUCCUAACGAGUCUGGUAACUUCUCUAUCUGAAUAUCAUGAGCUAAAGAAUACAGUAAAGAUGUACACAAGAACACAGAAGCGCCGAAACGAGAGAAAAAGAGCAGAAGAUCGGCACUGCAUAUACCGUAAUGAUUCUAAACGCGCAAAAUUCGCACGAAAUAUUGAACUGCUCGGGCUCGAUCUCUCCGCCAAUGCAAGUCGUCAACAGACUCGCGAAGAUGCACGUCCUACGUCGCGCCCUGUGUGGAUUGAUGCUUCUUUUCUCUAUUAAUGCAGAUCGAUAUCAGCCGUACAUCAUUCCUGAUGGCUACAACUCCAGUCUGAAUGGAGAUCCAGUGGAGUUCAUGUGCGAGGCUCCGAAUGAUACAUAUAAUUUUUUAUGGGAUAUUAAUGGGAAGACUAUUCAAGAAAUUGGACUAGAACUUCUAGCAGAAAGAGGGAUAGUAUCCGACUACAUGUUGGUCAGAGAAGAUAACAGAUCUUUCACUGUCAUUGGUAUCGACCCAAGAGUCGAAAAUAACAAUACAAGAAUCUUUUGUGUAGCACAGUUCUCUGACACUGCUCCCCUGACAAGUGCUGCAGUUACUUUCAGGAUUCAAGGUCUGCUUGAUCCACCAACUGCUCUGGAGAUAGUUCACCACAAUGCCACCCACCAAGUGCUGCGGUGGACUCCUCCCUUCACUCUGGACCUGACGGCCUACGAGGAUGACAUCACUGGCUAUUCAGUGACACUAGAGAUGGAGAGUCCUCCCCCUCGCGACCCCUACGACCUCUCCGUCUCCAGAGACCUCCUGGACUCCACCACCAACUUCACCUGGAGUCUGUCUGGCACCUCCACAGAGUUCUUCUUCCCUCGCUAUGCCUUCCCCGUGUGGCUGAGUGUGAGAGCUGAGAACCCAGUGGGUCUCGGAGCUCCCUCUCCUCUCCUCCACUACUCUCCCCCCACCUCCACUGGGGAUUGUACCAGACUGAAAGAUUUGGUGUCAGAUAGAUCUAUUGAGAGUAAAGUGAAAUUCAACAACUCAACUUUGACACCCACAGUGGAGAUAUUGCUAUAUCGAGUACAAAGCAAGAAUGAUGUGUGUAUUGAUAGUGUGAUGGUGACAUUGUCAGCAGGAAAUGACACAGGCAGUACAAGUAGAAGUGGUAGUGGAGGGGAAAAGACUGGAGGGACUAGUCAGGAGGUACUGAUGCCAGUAGUAAGAGAGACAGAGAUCAUUGUGGUCCUGGAACCACACCUCCUAGACCCCCACACCCACUACACUGCCACCCUCUCCCUCCAACAGCAACACUUCUCCACAGCACACUUCUCCACCCACCAUGUCCAGAAAGUGACAGUGAAGGAGGAGGAGGGAAAUGGACUGGUGGUGGAGUGUGUGUUUGCAGAAGGUUCCCCUCACAACACCACAUGUACAGUGGUGGUGGAGGGAGAGGGGGGACGGUGGGUGGAGACUUUCAGAGGACCUCUAGCAUUCCCCCACCUCUCCACUGGGACCUACACUGUGACAGUCUAUGAUGGAGAGAUGGAGGACCAGGAGCCUGCUGUGGUGACAGUAGCAGAGGUCUCUGGAGUUUCUCCCAGCACUACAUCAACACCUACCUUCACCUCAGAUGGCACUACCCUAAACCCAGCUGUGGCUGAUCACAGCAAGAGUGGCAGAGCCAGUACAGACGUGGUUGCUCUGUCAGUUGGCAUGGCUGCUUUGUUUGUUGCUCUGACGAGCAUUUUGGGUGUAACAGUACUUUGUCUCUUUCGGCGCAUGAAAUCCAAAGUUAUCGCUACUUCUGCCAGUAAUGUAAUAUAUGACGAAGUUCUGCCUGUCAUUGUAUUGGAGACUAAUGCUGCAUAUGCCACCACUUCUGCUAUAACUACUGCUCCCAAUGCUGCAUAUGCCACCACAGCAACAGGCAGAGUAAACAAUGAUGAGGAAUAUGAGACUAUUAGCUAAAAGUGUUAUGUAAUUACGUGCUGAAAUUGCCGACUUGGCACAAGAUCCUGGUUUAGAUGUGUAUAUUUUCAUAAUGAAUGUGCAGAUGAUCAAAAAUGAUUCAACAACAUAAAAAUUUUGCCCUAACUGGUCUAAACGGUGGUAGUUUGUGGUGAUGUCUUAUUAGUUUCUUUCAGUUUAGGCUGUGGCUCUUCUCUUGUAAAUGACCCAGUUCCAUUUGCCAUUCCCUCAGCUAUUUCUGUACACAGAAAGUGUCAUUCUGUAACAUUGCAACUUCACGUGAUGUACAACAUUUAUGUACAUACAAACACACAGUACCCACACUUAUGGUAGUUUUAGUGUUGGUUAAGGUAUCAUUAGCACAUGUGACAAUAAACAAAAGCCACAC